AUGAUCUUCGUUGACUUCGUCGAUGACGUUGAAUAUUGGCAGCGACUCGAACAAGUUGGUCAGUACAUAGGAGCAGGUGAGAAAAUGGCUAAGGCCGGCGUUCCACAACGGAAAAUGACAUAUUUCCAGGUGCCGAGUCCUGGAGGAGAUGGUUCAAACGUACAAGUGCGGGUUCCGAAUGUGAUCGCCCUCGUCGGGUUGCCAGCUCGGGGGAAAACCUACAUCUCCCACAAACUAUGUCGAUAUCUUAACUGGAUCGGGAUCAAAACAAAAGCAUUCAACGUAGGCGAAUAUCGAAGAAAAGCAUGCGAUCUGGAAAAAGAAGGGGACUUCGAGUUCUUCAAUCCUUAUAAUGCGAAAGGAAGUAGAAUUAGAGAAGAAUGCGCCCGUCUGGCUAUCGAGGAUAUGGGUAUGUACUUGUCGUCGAAGGAGGGAGAAGUAGCUAUUUUGGAUGCCACGAACACGACACGAGCUAGACGACGAAAGGUCCUCGAAUUCUGCUCCAACCGACGUACGCUGUUCGAUCCACCAUUCCGAGUUUUCUUCAUUGAAAGUAUCUGCGACGAUCCUGCUAUCAUCAAUUCUAAUAUUAGUGAUGUUAAAGUCAACUCUCCUGACUACAAAGGAAUCAUGACACACGAACAAGCAAAAGAAGACUUUUUAAAGAGAAUCGAGAACUACAAACUGCAAUACGAGCCACUCGAUGAGGAAGAAGACGAGGAUCACUCCUUCAUCAAGGUGAUCAAUGCCGGCAAGUCAUUCUAUGUGCACAACGUAAAUGGUCACGUGCAGAGUCGUGUGGUCUAUUUCUUGAUGAACAUCCACCUACUGCCUCGAAGCAUUUAUUUAACUCGACACGGCGAGAGCGAGUACAAUCAGCUUGGUCGACUCGGCGGCGACAGUCCGCUUAGCGAGAAUGGACUGAAGUACGCUGAAGAGUUGAGAGAUUAUUUUGAGAAUGAACACAUUUCUGAUCUACGGGUUUGGUCGUCACAGCGGAUUCGCGCUGCGCAGACGGCUGCUUAUUUACGAAAACAGGCAACUAUCAUUGAGUACUGGAAAGUGUUAGAUGAAAUCGAUGCAGGUAUUUGCGAAGGACUCACCUACGACGACUUCCAAGCUCGAUAUCCGAAGCAAUUCGCUGAACGCGACAAGGACAAGUACCAUUACCGUUACCCAAGCGGCGAGAGUUACGAAGACCUCGUGACACGACUGGAACCCGUCAUCAUGGAACUUGAGCGACAGGCUAAUGUGCUAGUCAUCUCCCACCAGGCUGUUCUACGGUGUAUACUUGCAUACUUCACGAACAAGAAUACUGAAGAACUACCGUAUCUUCGAGUUCCAUUACACACGGUAAUCAAAUUGACCCCGAAGGCGUACUCCUGUGAAGUUGAAAUGUUCAAAUUUGAUAUACAAGCUGUGAACACAUACAGAGAAAAGAAUCAACCGACUGCCUGUAAUCAGCAAAAUUCGAAUCUCGAAGACUUCGUACGACCUAGCGGCGCUCCGCUCUGCUGGUGUUACGCUGCUUUGCUCAUUUGGCUUAUUCGACUGAUCCAUUCAAGUACUUUCCGUCCAGAACUAACAAAGACAGAUGCUCAGGAUAUUCAUCAUUAA